AUGGCGGACCCAACGACUUUGGCGAUGCAAAAUCGUGGGCCAACGGUGCUUGCAGUCGUGAUAGCAUUUCUCUGCCUGUCCACUGGCUUCAUCAUACUGCGACUCAUCUCGCGCAUGGGUGUGGUGAAGCGAGUGAGCAAUGACGACUAUGCGAUCGGUAUCGCAUGGCUCGUCGCUUUCGGUUUCUCCUUCUCCAUCUGCUAUGGGACAAGCGUUGGACUCGGCCGUCACGAAGCCAAUGUUGCGCCACACGACCGAGAGUCUUUGAAGAAAGCCGAAUAUGCCUUCUCCGUUCUCUAUAACCCGGCAUUAAUGGCCACCAAGACCUCCAUCUGUCUCUUCUACUUGACCCUAUCGAAGAAUCACUCAGUAUUCAGGUGGUCUACCAUCGCAACACUCGCCGUGGUAAAUGUGGCCGGCCUUGCCUUGACCUUUCUCAACAUACUCCAAUGCCGUCCUCUGGGAGCCGCUUUCGAUGACCCGAUAAAGCCAAUGGCCAAAUGCAUCGAUAUUGUCACGCUAUACCUCUCCUCCGCACCGGUCAACAUCAUCACGGAUCUGGCAAUACUCUUCCUACCGAUGCCUAUCCUGACAAGCAUGAGGCUGCCCCGAAACGAAAAGAUCAUCUUGAUAAUUACAUUCAGCUUUGGUGCAUUCGUUGCAGUGGUUGACGUGGUGAGGAUAGCGUACCUGGAAUCUGCGGCUUUGGCGCGCCUGCAAAAUACUUCCGGAUCUGCUGCUUCCAACGCAGAAUACGAUUAUUCGUGGAUAGCAUCCCUGUCCUUCAUGUGGUCUGCCGUGGAAGUCCACGUGGGGAUCAUUGUAGCGUGCGUCCCUGGCGUCAAACCUUUGGUGACUAAGGUCUUCCCAAACUUGCUUGGCCGCAUCAAGCACGCCGGAGAAUUGACUGGCAACCCAUUCUACGGACCUGGCGACGCUCAAUGGGCAAAUCUGGCUCCCAAGACUCAAAGCACCUCGAUCGCUGCUCCUCCCCACAGUCCAACGAGUGGCACCCAUCUUGCGUCAAGCGGAGGAGACAGUAUGGGUAUGCUGGACUUCCUAACGACUCCGGACACCACCCCUGCGAUGUUGCAGCAGACACAAGCCGCAGCGGCAACUGUUGGUACGGCUAGGCCCCGAACACCGAGUCUGACCAUCUUCGACUUCGUCAACGACAGUCAAGCUAAGAGCAUGGUGAAACUGACCAACAAGCAAUCCUACUUUCCCCUAGCUCUGGUCACCGUCCUCUUCUUCCUCUGGGGAUUUGCAUAUGGUCUUUUGCAGGUGCUCAAUCAACAAUUCCAGACCAUUGUUGGCACAAGCGCGGGCCAAGCUGUCGCACUACACUCCGCGUACUACGCAGCCUAUUUCUUCGCGCCUCUUACCUUUGGAAGGUACAUUUUCAAGAAAUGGGGGUUCAAAGCAACAUUCAUCACUGGUCUGUGCAUAUACGGUGUCGGUACCCUGGUCUUCUGGCCUUCUGCAGUUCUGGCAUCAUUCCCUGCCUUCCUCGUCUCAAACUUCAUCAUCGGCCUUGGCAUUGCCACACUCGAGACGGCCGGUAAUCCAUUCAUUUCUCUCUGCGGCCCCCCAGAGUACGCCGAGGUUCGUCUGAAUAUUUCACAAGGCGUGCAAGCUAUUGGGAGUGUGGUGUCUCCAAUUCUCGCAAAGAAAGUACUUUUCAGAAACGUGCUCGACGCGCCUUCACUCAUCGACGUACAAUGGACGUAUCUUGGCAUUGCUCUGUUCGACGUCUGCCUGGCUCUCAUAUUCUUCUACUUGCCGAUACCAGAAGCGUCAGAUGACGACUUGGAAGAGAUGGCCGAGAGGCGUGAAAGCGUCUUCAGACGAAGGUUUGCCGGUCUCCCAGUCAUCCAUGUGACUCUCAUAGUCGGCAUCUUUACCCAAUUCUGCUACGUCGGAGGCCAAGAAUCCGUGGCAACAUAUUUUGAACAGUAUGUCGCAUACGUCAAGCCCAACUCUGACAUCGGCCCCUUCAACUACCAAGCAGUUGGACACUCCGUCUUUGCAGUCGGCCGCUUCAUAACAGCCGUCGCAGGUCUGCUCAUUAAACCUCGCCGUAUCCUCUUCUUGCUUUUCAUUGGUGCCAUAAUCACUUCUGCGCUCGCCAUGAGCUUUAGCGGCUACAAAGGCGUCGCCAUGAUCGUCCUAGUCCUCUUCUUCGAAUCCGGAAUCUUCUCCCUCGUCUUCGCCAUCUCCUUGCGUGGACUGGGCAAGCACAGCAAGACCGGCUCGGUAUUCCUCACAGCUGCGACAUCCGGCGGGGCCAUUAUCCCUGCCAUCAUGUGGCCGGUAGUCAGCAAUCAUAGCGUCCGCUACGCGUUUUGCGUGGUGGUCGCCGUCUUUGCUUUUGGUGCUCUGAUGCCAAUCUAUUUUUCCAUCAGCCCAGCAGCCAAGAAGCAGGUAGACCCUAUACAAAUGCGGCAGAACUCGAUACUCGGAGGCGAGAUGAGACCUACGACGCCCAACAAAGCGAACAGGAUCUUCAGCGCCGUGGUCAGGAGGAAGAAGACGAGCUCGGAGACUACGGCCUCAGACCUGCCGAUGUGUGAGCAUGUCGAGGGCGAGGGGGCCCAAAGUCGAUGCUCAUGUCACGCCAAUGGGAGGGAAGGUGAAUGUUCCUGCCAGCGAGAUGAGUCAUCACAUAAGGCGCAGUGGCCUGGCUGA